AUGCCGCCCGCCUCACCUGCCUUCUUGCCCGUCUCCGCCCCCCCUAUCGCGUUCUCCGCCGCCCACCCUUCCGCCCUCCGCAAAACCUUCCUCCUCCCUCCCCGAUCCUCACGAAAACCAUUCCUCCUUUCUCCGCACCGUCUCCCCAACUCACCGCUUGUAACGGCCUCGGCCACAGACGCCGCCACCGAAGAUGAGCACUGGGACGCCGUCAUCAUCGGCUCGGGCUUCGGCGGACUGAGCUGCGCCGCGGCCCUCACAGCCUACGGCUUCCGCACGCUCGUGCUCGAGUCGCACUACGCCGCGGGCGGCGUCGCCCACGGCUUCCAAGCGAAAACCACCGCGGGCGUCUUCCACUUCGACACAGGCCCGAGUUUCUUCUGCGGCCUUUCCACCCCGGGGAGCCUGUGCCCGGUGAAGCACGCGCUGGACGCCGUCGACGAGCGCGUGCACUGCGUGUCAUACGACCGCUUCUGCAUCGACGACGUGCGGCGCGGCACGGUUGAAGUGUGCACGGACGAGGCCGUCACGCUGGCCAGCGUGGAGCGCAUCGCAGGGAACGCCGCGCGCCGCGAGCUGGCCCGCUUCUACGCCGAGAUGCGCGCCAUGCACGCGGCGAUGGACGUGCCGGCCAUCGCGCUGCGCGGCGACUGGCGCGUCGCGCCGGUCGUGCUGCGCCGGUGGGCGGGGAGCCUGGCGCGGCUGGCGCCGUACGUCGCCUCCAUCAAGCGCCCCGUGCGGGUGGUGAUGGACCGCGUGGGCGUGCGCGACGGCUUUGUCAAGCAGCUGCUCGACACGGAGGCCUUCCUGCUCUCCGGGCUCAAGACCGAGCAGACGAUCACGGCCGAGAUCGCGUUCAUGGUGGGCGAGCGCGCCAAGCCCGGCGCGAUCGAGUACCCCGUGGGCGGGGCGCGCGCGGUCGUCGACGCGCUCGUGCGCGGCGUCACGCGCAAGGGCGGCGAGGUCCGCCUGCGCGCGCACGUGGAGGAGAUCCUGGUCGAGCGCGGCACGGCCGUCGGCGUGCGCACGAGGAAAAAGAAGAGGAUCUUCGCUAAGCACGUGUUCUCCAACGCCUCCCUCUGGGACACGGUGCAGCACCUGCUCCCGGAGGGCGCGGUGCCCGACGCGUACCGUGCGCAGGCCAUGGGCACGCCGACCGUGGAGUCGUUCAUGCACGCGCACCUGGGCAUCCCCAGCGGCGGCCUCGGCGACGUGAUCGGGCACCACGCGGUGAUCCUCGACUCGCGGCGCGACAUCACGGCGCGUGGGAAUACGGUGAUGAUCAGCAUCCCGACCGUGUGGAGCGAGGGGCUCGCGCCGGAGGGGUGGCACGUGGUGCACGCGUACACGCUGGAGCCGUACGACGGAUGGGAGGCGCUGGCGAAGGACCGGGCGGCGUACGGCGACGCGAAGAAGAAGGCGGCCGAGCCGCUGCUCGCAGCCGUGCGGCACGUGAUCCCAGACCUGGACGAGCGGCUGCAGGCCGAAGGGGCGGUGAUGAAGCUCGGCAGCCCGGUGACGCACGCGCGGUUUACGCGCAGGUAUCGCGGGACGUACGGCGCGGCGAUCGACGCCGGCGAGGCCGAGUUCGAGUGGCCUGGCGACGUGCCUGUGGAGAGGCUCAAGCGGUGCUCAGACUCGGCGUUCCCCGGGAUUGGGGUGCCGAGUAGCGCGGCGGCGGGGCUUAUUGCCGCAAACGAGGUGGUCGGGAUACAGGAGCAUAACCGACUCGUGGAUAAGGUGUUCCCGAAGUGA